GACAGAACAGCGGAAACCUCUCCUCGUAAUGGCCUCAUCUUUUCAUCAUUCCCAUCAAACUUUCUCUCUCUAAUUCUCAGCACUCUCUCUCUCACCGUCUUCUUCCUCCGUUUCAUCAUUCCCAUUAACCCACUUUAUCUCUCUCUCUGCAACUUCCUCCUCCUCUCUCUCGUACGUCAUUCUCUCUAUGUUUCCAAAUUCCAGUUCUCUUUUUGAUAUCGGAUGAAGCCUGAUGGUUUAUCAAAUGACGGCCAUGUAUAUGUUAUGAAUUUGGAGUUCAAAUUAAGGCCACCCAUCAAGCUUUCAAGAGGCAAAUGUGUUGUGAAGCAGAGUUUUCUCUUUUCUGUGAUUUUUUUCUUGGGUUUUACAUUGAUUCAUGGCUACUCUGAAAGAGUUGCAGCAGUGGUUGCCAUUCCUUUGGGUUCUCAGCUUUAUGGUAAUGGAAAUAGCUCUUGGGCCUCUGAAAAUGGCGUUUUUGAAUUUGGGUUUUUCUCAGAUUCUCAGAGCAAUGGCCUUGUCGUUGGUAUUUGGUAUAACAUGAUACCAAUAAGUGGAAAAAUGCUUGUUUGGAGUGUUGGGGGUGGAACUAGGGUUUCUGAGAACUCCAUUAUCAGGCUUUCCAUGGAUGGAAACCUUGUGCUUUUGGAUAAUACCGAUGGCUUUCUCGUCUGGAGCAGUAAUACCAGUGGUCUGGGAGUCAAAUUUGCAGGUUUGAUGAAUAAUGGAGACCUGGUUCUCACUGGUUCAGGGCGAGAAAUAGUAUGGGAAAGCUUCCAAAGCCCCACUGAUACUCUUUUACCAGGGCAGUCCCUCGAGUUUCAUCAAACACUUCGUGCUGCUAUGAAAAACUCCAUUGCUAGCUACUACACCCUCAAGUUUCAGAGCACUGGUAAUCUUGGGCUUUCAUGGGAAAACAAUGUGACUUACUGGAGUAGCAAUUUGCAGGCACCUGUUGCUUCUAUAGGGGCAAAAUUUGGGUUUGAUGGAGUUUUUCAACUGUUGGAUUCCUCUAGAGAGGUUGUCUGGGCCAGAAUGAGUAAGGAUUUCAGAGAACCAUUGGUGAAAUUCAGGUUUUUGCGGCUCGACAUUGAUGGAAACCUGAGAAUUUACUCUUGGGAAGGGAAUUCCCUUCAAUGGAAGGUGGGAUGGCAGGCCGUUGAGGACCAAUGCCAUGUCUUUGGCUUCUGUGGCUUAUAUGGAGUUUGCAGCUAUAACAAUAGUCGGCCUAUCUGUACCUGCCCUUUCGAGGAUUCAAAUAUUUGGGGUAUAGUUUCAGGUGUUGAUGCUGGUAGUGGGUGUCGGAAAAUGGUGGAUUUGAGCCGCUGCAGAGAGGGGAAAGGCAUGGUUGUUCUUAAACAGACUAUGCUUUAUGGGCUUUAUCCCCCCCAUGACAUAGAAACCAUGGCCAGCUCAGAAUCUUGCAAAGAGAAGUGUUUGAGUGACUCUUCUUGCUUUGCUGCAACUUCCAAGAACGAUGGUUCUGGUCUCUGCACCAUCAAGAGGACUAGUUUUAUCAGUGGAUAUCGGUACUCCUCUGUUACUGCUACUUCUUUUGUAAAAGUAUGUCUGGUUCCUCAAGCUGUUUCUUCUCAGGAGGCCAUGACCCAUCAUCCUUCUAAGCCAUUAUUGGCCCCAGAACAACAACUGCAAGAACCAAUGUCCCAUUUAAGGAACCAAAAGAAUUUCCUUAUCUCCGUGGCAGAGCUGGUUUUAGUGACUGUGUGUGUAUUUCUUGUCAUAGAGAUGCUGGUAUUUUGGUUUCUCUAUCGCAUAAGAGCAAUUAAAGUACAGAAAAGAAUUCCCUUUCAGAAGGUUGAGCUUGGAGACUCAGGCUACAGUGCUCCUAUUGGGCUUUCUUUCGAUGAAUUGAAAGAGCUGACAAGUAAUUUUGCAAUACAGCUUGGCCCAACAGUUUACAAGGGAGUCCUCCCAAACCAGAGGCCGAUUAUUGUUAAAGUGUUAGAGACAGUAGCAUUACCUGAAAAAGAUUUCAGAAUGGCAGUCUCUAUCUUGUGUAGCACACACCAUAGAAAUCUGGUCCCUGUAAAAGGUUUCUGUUUUGAGCCAAGACACCAGCUUGUCCUUUACGAAUAUGUAGAAAAUGGGUCUCUGGAUCAAUGGCUUUUUGACAAAGAGAAAACCCAGAAUAGCCUCACAUGGCAACAGAGAAUCGACAUUGCCAUUGGUAUAGCUAGAGCGAUCUCUUACCUUCACCUAGAGUGUAAAGAGUGCAUUGCCCAUGGCAAUUUGAAGCUUGAGAACGUGUUACUAGAUGUGCAAUUAGUUGCAAGAGUCACAGAUUUUGGGAUCAAAAGUUUGUUGAAUAAGGAACAUGCUUUUGUGUCGGAAAGCCUGCCAGAGAGAGAUGUUUACAUGUUUGGUGGUAUGCUUCUGCAAAUUAUCACAGGAAAGAGAGGACCUAUUGGAAUGGAAUUUUACUCAUCAAUAUUGGAAAUGUAUCGAAAUGGAGAGUUAGAUAAAUUGAUGGAUGUAAGAAUGGAAGGGACUGUAGACUGGGAAGAGGUAGAGAGAGCUAUAAGCAUAGCCUUUUGGUGUCUGCAUCAUCAACCUUUCCUAAGGCCUUCAAUUAGUGAAGUGGUUAAGGUCUUAGAAGGGACCUUUUCAGUGGAUUCACCUCCUUCCCCCUGUUCUCUUGUCAAGGUGGAGGAUGAGCAUAUGAAGAUUGGAGAUUCUGAUACUGUUGAGGAGGUAACUUUUCUAUCAUUGCCUUAGCUUGGCGGCUUGGGCCCUUGGAUACUGAGUGGUGCAUGCUAAUAACUGAAAUUUAUGGAUGGAUUUGACCUGUUGAUUCUGUCUAUAAAGUUCAGAAAUGCCUAUACUCUAUUUGUUUUUGAAUGAAUUAUGAAACAGAGAGCCAGUGAUUAGCUUUAUCACUCAUUAGCAUCAAAUUCAAACAGAGAGCAAGUGGUUAGCUUUAUCACUCAUCAGCAUCAAAUUCCUCCGUAUACCAUGCUUUUGAUCGUAUUGACAUGUUUGAGAAAAUUUAACUAGGGUUGCUUGCCAUUGAAGCACUGCCCAUGUGUCGUUUGAAUUAUUAAAGAGAACAAAAUGUAUGAGAACUUUGUUAAAUUCAUCAGAUGUUA